CUUUCGCUUCUGGACGGUCAGUUUGAAGGACGACUCAAGUGAUUGCUCUUUCUACAGUAGUGUGACCAUCAUGUCUCGAGAAAUAAUCAAUAUCCAGGCUGGUCAGGCAGGAAAUCAGGUCGGCACAAGUUUCUGGGAGAUGCUUCUUGCAGAACAUGGUCUCGAUCAGUCCGGGUCAUACGUUGGAAACGACCCGCUUCAGACGGAACGGGCUGGCGUGUACUUCACGCAGGUCGAUUCACAUGGUCCAACCAAGUAUGUACCUCGGAGCGUCCAAAUUGACUUAGAAUCUGGCGUGUGUGAUCAUAUUCGUUCCGGUCCUUUGGGAAAGCUUUUCCGACCGGAUACUUUCUUUACUGGGGAUUCCGGUGCAGGAAAUAAUUGGGCGAAAGGAUACUAUACAGAAGGGGCUGAGCUUAUCGAUUCUGUUCUCGACAUCGUUAGAAGGCAAUCGGAAAGCUGCGAAGCCUUGCAGGGUUUCCAGAUCAUCCACUCUCUUGGUGGUGGAACUGGAGCUGGUCUUGGAUCUCUCCUGCUAUCUAAACUGCGCGAGGAAUAUCCUGAUCGUAUGCUUCAAACCUUUUCAAUACUACCAUCGCCGAAUGUGUCAGAAACUGUGGUAGAGCCUUACAAUGCGCUCUUGUCGAUCCAUCAACUCGUGGAUAACUGCGACCUCACGAUCUGCAUCGACAACGAGGCUUUGUAUGACAUUGCAGUGCGAACGUUGAAGAUCAAGACACCUGAUUUCAGUGAUCUCAAUCAAAUAAUUUCGAGGGUAAUGUGCGGAGUGAGCACGAGUCUUCGCUUCCCAGGCCAACUGAACGGUGACUUGCGUAAACUGGGCAUGAAUCUUAUUCCGUUCCCUCGACUUCAUUUCCUCAUGCCGAGCUAUGCUCCCUCUUAUGAUCCCAAAGCUAGUGCCUUCCAGAAAAUGUCGGUUCCUGAACUCACCAACUUGCUAUUUGACCGACGGAGUCUUCUUGUUGCAUGUGACCCACGAUUCGGUCGUUAUUUAACUGCUGCCUGCAUUUUCCGGGGCAAGGUGUCUUCUGUCGAGGCGGAAACCUCGAUAGCGCAGCUUCAGCGCAAAAAUUCCAACCUCUUUGUAGAGUGGAUUCCGGACAAUGUUUCGGUGUCCCUCUGCUCUGUACCUCCGGUGGGGCAAACUCAGGCGGCCGUGGCACUUGCAAACUCAACAUCUAUGCAAGAGCUUUUUAUGCGCAAUCUCAACCAGUUCGCUCUCAUGUUCAAGCGUCGGGCCUUCCUUCACUGGUACACUGGAGAAGGAAUGGACAUGAUGGAAUUCUCUGAAGCGGAGAGUAACACACGGGAUUUGGUUGCCGAGUACCAGCAGUAUCAAGAAGCAGCUGCCGAUGAUGAUUUUGAAGAAGUCGUGGAUGGGGAAGACGAAGCCCAAUAGCGUCUGAUACCGAAUACAUUUUGCCCCGAUUUUGCACCUUGAUCUUACAACUCAAGCAUUACCAUGUUGGAUUUUCUUUACAGUAAUUGAAUUACAGGAGCACACCGUCAUUACCCUACAUUUGUGAAGUGUGAGCUGGCUGCAACGACACUCACCAUACUUCGUUAUUGCAACACUGCCGUCCCUUAUGAGGAAGCUG